CCAACUUCUGGUCACACUGGCGUCUCAUACAUUGCUUUUUUUGUGAAAUUUGUGAAAAAAAUAUUGAAAAAAUGGGAUCCUCGUCGUCUGGAAAGAAGCACAAGAAGGAUAAAAAGGCGAGGCAUCGCUCGAGGUCCGCUGAACGCCAGGCACGUGCCACUGAGGAUGAGGAUGUGACAUUAGACCUCACGGACGACUUGUCCGCGGUGCGACACAGACAUCACAAACACAAGAAGCAAAAGGAGCAAAAGGAUCCCAAGGAACAAAAGGAGCACCGCCACAAGCACCACAAGCACAAGGAGCGGGAGCGUGCCAGCGAGGUUAUCUCCUUGGAGGAAUCCGAUUCGGAUAGUUCGGAUUGUGUGGAGGUGCCAGUGGAGCAGACCAAGGCACGGGAGGCGUCCGCCAGGGAAAGGGAACGCGAGCCAGAGCCGCCCGUCAGGGACAGAGCAUCUGCUCGUGACAGAGAGGCAGGACGCGAUAGGGACCAGCAGCGGGAGAAGGAGCGUGAAAGAGACCGUGACCGGGAACGUGAAAGGGAACGCGACAGGAAUCGCGAAAAGGAACGCGCCAAGGAUCGUGAAAGGGAGCGCGAUCGGGACCGAGAACGAGAGCGUGAGCGUGAGCGCGAACGCGAACGUCAUGGUGAGCUCUCCGCUCCACCGCCGCCACAAAUAUCCAGGCACGCGGACUAUGAGGGGCGACGGGAGCGAGAAAUCGAACGCGAACGAGAUGCUCGCAAACGUGCUGGCAGGGAGAGGGAGAGGGGGAACCGAGAACGCUCCCGAUCACAGUCGCCGUCAAAGUCGGGUCGCAAACCCUCCGGUCCAGCAGCCAGAGAACGCGAGGCAUCCGGACGCUCCUAUUCGCCCAUACCCGAUAAUGGAGCUGGCGAUGUUCUCUCAGUUCAGGAAACCAAUAAAUUGCGUGCCAAGCUAGGCCUGAAGCCCCUCGAAGUGGAUAGUGGGCCCAGCAAGGUGACUCCUGCCGCGACAAGCGAGCAUAAAAAGUCCGGUGGGGACAGCGAUCUCUCCUCGUACAAGGACGAGUGGGGAGAGUUCCUGCACAAGCCGGCCGACAACCUAAAGGAGAAAAAGGAGGCAGAGAAGCUGCGUGAGAAGCUCAAGCAGCGGAAGGAGAAACGCUUCCUGGAGGAGCGACUGGCACGCAUCAGAACGCUGGGGGAAUCCGAUGAGGAGACGGAUAAUGUCACCAAAUGGGUGGACAAGAACAAGCGAGUAGUCAAUGAACGCGAAGAGGCAAAGAAGAAGGCCAAAGAGCUGGAGGAACUGGAUGAGGCCUUUGGCAUUGCAGAUAUAGUUGAGCAGGAGAAGCAAAAGGCCCGUCAACGUGCCUAUGGCGAUAACAAUUUGAAGGGUUUGCGUGUGGAGCACGAUAUGGAUGACUUUGGUGAAGGUCGCACGGUUAUCCUCACGCUCAAGGAUCAGGAUGUUCUCAAUGAGGAAGAGGGCGACACCCUGGUCAAUGUUAACAUGCUCGACGAUGAGCGCUACAAGAAGAAUGUCGUCAACAAGAAACAGAAUCCCCUCGCCUAUGGCUACAAUGUCUAUGAGGAGCAAUACGACGAGUUGGGCAACCCCAUCGAACGUUCGGUGCUGGAGAAAUAUGACGAUGACAUUGAGGGACAGCCCAAGAAGCGCAAGAACUUUGUGAUUGGUGAAAAUUCCGAGGAGGAUCGUGAGAACAGACGCAGACUGCUGGAAAUUAAGACAAAGCUGGCUGGCAAACGUCUGGAAACAUUAGCGGAUACCAAUUUGCAGCUGGCCUCGGAUACAUUCAGUGUGGAGGAAAUGUCCAAAUUCAAGAAGCCCAAGAAAAAGGUGAAGAAAAUUCGCCAGAAACUGAGGGCCGAAGACCUCGAGCCUUUGCCUGAGGCCGGAACAUCAGGCAUGUCGAAUUUCGGCAGCCGUCAGGGCCGUCAUCGCGAUCCCGAAGAUGUUGAGAUGGAGGAGACCAAGCCGGAGGUUAAAUAUGAAGCCGACGAGGAUGAUGAUCUGGAGCGUGUGUUAGCCAAGGCUCGCAAGCUGAAGCAAAAGGAGAACAUUAUCAAGAAACCCUUGCCCAUUGAGUUCGAGUCCAUACAGCGUGACAUCAAGCCGGAGAUUAUCGAUGAGGCCAGUUCGGGUGUCGUGCUGAGCAGUGUGGAUGGUCACAUCGUGCUCAAUGCCACGGCUGAGUUCUGUCGCACCUUGGGCGACAUUCCCACAUAUGGCAUGGCCGGCAAUCGUAACGAGGACUCCAAUGAUAUGAUGGACUUUGACAAGAUCGAGCAGCUGGACGAUAAUAUGGAUGCGCACAAUGAUGAGCCAGCGCUGAGCCAUGGCACGUGGAAUUCGGUGAAUCCCGAUGAGGUUAUGCAGCCAGCUGAUUUGGACAAUCUCGGCGAGGAUCUGGAGGAUCGUGCCAUUCUGGACGAGGAGCCUGAUGUGGGCGCUGGUGUGGCGAAUGCCCUACGUCUGGCCCUGUCCAAGGGUUACCUCGAAAGGGAGGAAAAGAACAGGCCCAGCAAUACCAAAAUGGCCCAUCUGCAGGCCAAGAAUUAUUCCAUUGAGGACAAAGCAGCUGGGGAAGACGAAAAGGUUGGCCGUCGUGAUCGGUUCCACUGCGGACCCAUUAUGGACUUUAAGGAUAAAGAGACCUUUAAGCCGAAUGUCAAGUUGGACUACAUUGAUGACAAUGGUCGCAUAUUGAACCUCAAGGAGGCGUUCCGCUAUCUGUCACACAAGUUCCAUGGCAAGGGGCCCGGCAAGAAUAAGAUUGAGAAACGUUUGAAGAAAAUGGAACAAGAUGGGCUAAUGAAAACAAUGAGCUCGACGGACACCCCAUUGGGCACGCUGACCAUGUUGCAGCACAAGCAAAAGGAAACAAAGACAGCCUAUGUGGUGCUCAGUGGCAACAGCAAGAAUGCGGCCGGUGUUAGUGGUUCAUCCAUAGCCAAAUUUAAGUAGGGGGCCAAUACAGAUCCAAGAUAGCCAUAACCAAAUGCAAUAGAUCCUUCCCAAAAAUGGCAUACUAAAUAUUUUAAUUUAGAAUUCCCACGAAUAUGCACACACACACACACACACACACACCCCCGCAAAAAUAUGUAGUUCUCUUCAUAUUUAUUCAAAAUAAUAAUAAAAUGUAUUCAAUU